AUGGCAGCUAACGAUGAUGAAACAAAUGAACACUCACGAAAGGAUUCAACAAGUUAUUCCAUGUUUUCUGACGAUCAAAUUCUCGUUGAUGCACUAAUUUCACAAGCGCUUGAGGAUAAAAUAGACGAUUCGCCAAAUAGAGGAGUUGAUAGACUCGAGCAAAUCAACAUUGCGAUAGCUGCAUGCAAAGAGAAACUCCGAGAAUUUUCCCUUCAAGCAACUCCUGUCGGAACGCCUACUGACGAUUCUGGUCACUCGAUCAAGAAACUCCUUGUAGAUAAAAUUGUGGAUCUUGGCCUGGAAAAGCAGAACUUACAAGAUGCUCAAGAGGACUGCGUUGAAAUGAAAAAGUGCAAUGGGCACACGUUCGUCUUGCAAUCGGCUCGCGGAAGAAAUCCGUGCUGCGAGGUGUGCAUGGGGACGAUUUGGAGACUUGUGCAAUAUUGGAGACGAUGUAGGGCCUGUGGGAUGCGCGUGCACGAAAAGUGCGCCGAGGAUGUGCGAAGGGUAUGCGCAGCGGUGAUCGGACUUCAAAGCGAUUUCCAUUUCUCAAAUAAGAUCUGCGCGGAAGUUGGCUUAUUGCACCAAAACUACAAAUGCGCCGAGUGCGAGCAUCCACUUUCAUAUGAUUCCGGUCCAUCAGAUGAGCCAAGACUGUGCGAGUUGACAGGCUUGUAUUAUUGCCCAAGUUGCCAUUGGAAUGACGAGUGGCCGAUCCCGGCUCGUCUCAUUCACAACAUGGAUCCAACUCCUUAUCCCGUGUGUCGAGCCUCGAAACAGCUACUUUCUGUGACACAACAUAAGCCUCUAAUUGCGAUGCUUGACACAAAUCCACGCAUGUUUGCUCUUCAUUCGGGUCUCAAAAAAGUUCAACGCUUUCGCAAAGAUUUUCUCAUCAUGAAGUGCUAUUUUAUUAGUUGCAAGAAUGCCCGAAGUCUACGCAUUCUACAAUAUUUGCGACAACAUCAGCACUUUGUUGAAGACGCCAAACUGUAUACUCUUGAUGAGUUAAAAGAAAUCGCUCUUGGUGGUCUUUGUCGUGAAUUGGAAGACAUUCACACUGUUUUUCGGAGGCAUAUUGAAGAUGAGUGCGAGACUUGUCGUGGCAAUGGUUUUUACUGUGAACUGUGUGCGACCGAUGCUGGCAGAAAUCAAAUUCUGUUUCCUUUUACUGAUGGGAUCUCGAUGUGCAAAAAGUGCUACUUUGUUUUCCAUAAAGCGUGCUAUGAGAAAGCACAAAGUUGUCCGAGAUGCGAAAGACGAGAGAAACGAGAGCGCCACCGUAGCAAAGAU